AUGAAGAAGAAGUAUGAAGGAAACAAUAGGGUUAUACGACCCAUUCUUCAAUCUCUUUGCAAAGAGUUUGAAAAUCUUGAAAUGAAAUCUGGCGAACAGGUCUAUGACUACUCUUCAAGAGUGAUGACUAUCGCUAAUAAAAUGCGAGUAUACGGUAUGAGUGAUAUUGCCGUGGUGGAGAAGAUACUUCGAUCAUUGAGCGAAAAAUUCAACUAUGUUGUCUGCUCCAUUGAUGAAUCGAAAGAUAUUGACAAUUUGUCAAUUGAUGAACUGCAAAGCUCCUUAAUUGUUCAUGAGCAGAAAUUUCAAAGGCAGAAAGGUGAAGAGCAGGUGUUAAAAGUAUCUCAUAAAGAAAAAGUUAAUGGAAGAGGUCGUGGUCGAAAUUCAUCUCGUAGACGAGGUAGAGGACGUGGUAGAGGAAGCCAACUAAAACGAGUAGAUGUGGAAGAAGAAUUGGUUUUGAUGGCCUAUGCAGAUGAUCAUGAAACUAAAACGAGUGAUGCAUGGUUUCUUGACACUGGGUGUUCCAAUCAUAUGUGUAGUGAUAGAAGUGUAUUCUCGAGCUUUGUCGAUGACAUUAUACACUCUCUCAGAUGUGGAAACAACACUACAAUGCAGGUAGCUGGAAAAGGCAAUGUCAAACUAGUGUUUAAUGGCAUUCAGUUCAUGUCAUCCCAAGUUCCACAGAAGAAUGUUUGCAUACCAGACUCUACUUCCGCUCAUUUAUGGCAUCAACAAUAUGGACACCUGAAUUUAAAAGGCUUGAAGACUUUGCAAUCUAAAGGAAUGGUUCAUGGACUGCCUCAAUUUGGAAAUUCAAGUAUUACAUGCCCUGAUUGCUUUCUUGGAAAACAACAUCGGAAUGUGAUACCCAAAAGGAGCGAGUGGUGUGCAACUAAGUUACUUGAGCUUGUUCAUGCAGACAUCUGUGGGCCUAUUGAACCAACAUCACAUGGUGGAAAGAGGUGUCCAACAUUAGCAGUUAAGAACGUCACUCCUCAAGAAGCAUGGAGUGGAAUCAAACCAUCGGAGUAUUGCACAUGUCCAUAUACCAAAAGCAAAAAGGAAGAAAUUGGAUGA